UUUGCUCUAUAUAAAGCCUUUGAGCUAGACAGCAGGAAUUUUAUUGGCCAACUGUCAGUUAACGGGGCAAAAUGGUUGUUCGCAAAUACUUUCCGAGCAUGUACACGGAGGAGGAUAGCGCGCCCGCAAAGUCUAGGAAUGCAACAUUGUAUUUGUUGCGGUGUGUCUUCUUGAUGGGCAUCAGAACACCGCCGCAGCGAUUCUUUGUGGUCUACUGCCUGUGGUCGUUUGCAUUGAAUCUCUGCUCGACAUUCUAUCAACCGAUUGGCUUUAUGACCGGCUACAUUAGUCAUCUCUCAGAAUUUACGCCGGGUGAGUUUCUCACAUCGUUGCAGGUCGCAUUCAAUGCCUGGUCCUGCUCCACGAAGGUCGUCAUCGUUUGGAUACUUGUAAAGCGCUUCGAUGUGGCUACCGAGAUCCUGGAUGAGAUGGACAAGAUGCUCACGAAGUCGAGCGAACGCAGAAAUGUGCAUCGAGCUGUUGCGCUGAGCAAUCGCAUAUUUUUCUUUUUUAUGACGGUUUACAUUGGCUAUGCCACAAGCACAUUCAUCAGCGCCAUUUUCAUGGGCCGACCACCGUAUCAGAACUACUAUCCAUGGCUGGAUUGGCGGGCCAGCAAAUGGCAAUAUUGGCUGCAGACGGGUCUUGAGUAUUUUGCCAUGUUGGGCGCCUGUUUCCAAGACGUUUGCGUCGAUUGCUAUCCCAUUAAUUUCGUGUUGCCGUUGCGUGCUCACAUGGCAAACUUUGCGCAACGUUUGCGUAAUUUGGGCGACGAUCCCGACGAAAGCGCCGAUGAGCGUUAUGCGAAACUUGUCAAGUGCAUCAAGGAUCACAAAGUCAUACUGCGUUUUUGCGAUACGCUGCGUCCCAUGAUUGGCGGCACCAUCUUUGUGCAGCUUUUGGUCGUGGGUCUCGUCAUGGGCUUUACUCUGAUCAACAUUGUGAAAUUCGCCGACUUUGGCUCUCGUGUUGCGGCCCUUUCAUUCAUGUCAGCGGUGCUGCUGGAAACUACGCCGUUUUGCACGCUUUGCAACUAUCUCACCGAUGAUAGUCUCAAGCUGGCGGAUGCGCUUUUUGAAUCCAAUUGGAUUGACCAGGAGAAGCGCUACAAGACCACAUUGACACACUUUUUGCAUAAUCUGCAAAAGCCAAUUGUUUUUAUGGCCGGAAAUGUAUUCACCAUUUCCGUGGCAACGAAUUUAACCGCCAGCAAAUUUUCGUUUUCCGUUUUUACCUUGGUGCAAAAUAUGGAUAUAGCGGAAAAAUUGGGAAAGCUCUCGAAGCCGCAUGAAAAUUAAACUAUCGGGCAACUGCGUGAAACAUGAUUAAUUAAUUGGAAUACUAAUGCUAUUGAGAAUAUUUAAACAUGCCUUUUCAGUUGAACAUAACAUCGUUUUGGACUGUCGAAAUUGCAAUAGCAGACACGCAAUUGUUUUUAUAUUUAUUUUUCAACAAAAUUUAUUUCUACAUUGUUUUGCUGUGGUUGUGU